CGAGUGUUUCCGGUGCAGCGCUAAUACAGCGAUAACGCGAGCACUGAAGCUACGAAGAGUGAUGAAGUGUAAUAAUAAUAAUAUUACAAAUAUUUAGCUGCUUUUAUUUAUUAUUUUUGAUUCUGUGUGAUUUAUCUGAAAGGUGAGGGUGAUGUCUCAAACCAGAGAGGACACACAGCAUCAUGCUGAGAGUGUGAAGAAGGAUGAUGGACUUGGAUCAGAGGAAUGUGUGAGGAAGAAGUUGGAUGAUGAAAAUGAUGAUGAUGAUGAAGAUGAUGAAGAUCCUCUGAGGGGUUUAGUCCUCUCUCCUCACACUGUCCUGGAUGAAGCUCAUCACAGAGGCAGGUUAAAGUGCUCCACCUGCGGCUCCUCCCGCCUCCUCUACUGCUACACCUGCUGCUGCCUGGUGGGACUCAACCCUCAACUCAUCCCCAGCGUCAAGCUUCCUGUAAAGAUUGACAUCAUUAAACACCCGAAUGAGACGGACGGGAAGAGCACCGCAGUUCACGCUAAACUCAUCGCACCGGACGACGUUUCCAUUUACACGUACCCCUGCAUCCCCGAGCUGGACACACACACACACAACGUGGUGCUGGUGUUUCCAGGUCCAGACUCCAUGACGGUUCAGGAGCUGGCGGAUUAUAUCAGUGAGAAAGGGAGGAAAAGAGGAGCGGAGAGAACGGCUGAGGAGAGAGAAGCCAAGAAACCCAAGCUGGAGGAGACGAACGACAGCUCACACUCACACACACACUCGCACACACACUCACACACACACUCGCACACACACUCACACACACACUCGCACACACACUCGCACACACACUCGCACACACACGCGUCAGAGAACACGCAACACACACAGGAACACGCGUGUCAGGUUCAGAGGGUCAUCUUCAUCGACAGCACCUGGAACCAGACCACUAAAAUCAUUACUGAUGAACGGCUACAGGAUUUUCCACGUGUGGAGCUGAAAUCGAGGAAAACGUGUUUCUGGCGUCACCAGCGAGGAUCUCCCGACACGUACUUAGCCACCAUCGAGGCCAUUUAUUACUUCCUGAAGGAUUUCCACAUCCACUGUUUAGGGAGAGAGUACAGAGGAGAGUACGACAACCUGCUCUUCUUCUACACCUUUCUACACAAACUGAUCAGAAAAGCCAAACAGGGCAGAGUGUGAGGAGAAGAAAGGCUCUCUCUCUCACACACACACACACACACACACACACACACACACACACACAGAGCAGUUCCAUGAUCAGUGAUGUUAGAGUGCUCAGUCAGCCAGAAUUGCUCCACAGUAAAUCCACCUGCUGUAUUAGUGAUAUAUUUAAUUUCCAGAUCAGCACACGGAGCUGAAGCCAUGUGUUCAGGGGCGGAGUUAGAGUGUGAUGUGUUCGCUUUAUUACUGAGUGUGCAGGAGAGUGUGAUGUGUUCGCUGUAUUAUUUUGUGUGCAGGAGAGUGUGAUGUGUUCACUGUAUUAUUUUGUGUGCUGGAGAGUGUGAUGUGUUCGCUGUAUUAUUUUGUGCGCAGGAGAGUGUGAUGUGUUCGCUGUAUUAUUUUGUGUGCAGGAGAGUGUGAUGUGUUCGCUGUAUUAUUUUGUGCGCAGGAGAGUGUGAUGUGUUCGCUGUAUUAUUUUGUGUGCAGGAGAGUGUGAUGUGUUCACUGUAUUAUUUUGUGCGCAGGAGAGUGUGAUGUGUUCGCUGUAUUAUUUUGUGUGCAGGAGAGUGUGAUGUGUUCGCUGUAUUAUUUUGUGUGCAGGAGAGUGUGAU